UGUUAUAAAAUUUUGUCAAUUAUCAAGUUGACAACAAUGGCUAUGUUAAAAUCUCGUUUUUCCCCGGCCAUCCGGUACGCCAGGACUGUAACCAAUCGGUGCAGGAUCGGGACGAGGGAUGUAGUGGGGUAUGGCCAUAAUGGGGGGUAUAACUAUAAAGAUGACCCGCACUUUCCGUUCCCGGCGAUUCGGUUUAAGGAGAACACUAGGGACAUUGUGGCCCUCCGCCAAAAAGAGUGCGGCGACUGGAGGAUGCUGUGCUGUGAAGAAAAGAAGGCGUUGUACCGCGCGUCCUUCUGCCAGACAUUCUCGGAGUUCCAGCACCCCACGCACCACUGGAAGAUCGUCAUCGGCGCGGGCAUGUUCUUCCUGUCCUGGAUGUUUUGGCAUCAGAUAAUAUAUCGCCACUUCAUCGCCGAGCCCAAUUGGCCGGACUCCUUUUCCCUGGAGUCGCAAAUGGCGCAGCUUCGCCGCAUGCUGGAGUUACGCGUGCAGCCGAUCGACGGCUUGUCCUCUCUGUGGGAUUACGACAACGACUGUUGGAAGAAAUAAGAGUGAUUGGAGUUCAGUAUGCCCUGAUUUUAUUGGAUCACUAUGUUGAAUAUACGUUUCGGACC